AGGUGAGUAAGCGCCGGAACGUCUUACCGAACUUGGACACACGGCAGCUGGUUGCAGUAAAAAGUAAUUUUUCACACAAAAUGUAGCAUUAUUUUCGAUAUUACGUCACGAUGGCGGCUUCGAAACAGGUCGAACUUUAACCCGUGUCCAAAGAGAUUUACUAACCUCGUGCGUCAAAUCUUUUCUCCUCCACUAGAGGGCACUGAAGUUGCGUUUUAGCUGAGGUUUAACUUACACCUGUGCAGAGAACUAAUUUAAAAAGAGUAACAUACAAUAUAUUAGGUUGCUUUACUGGAAAAACAAGAGUACUGCCCACACUUUUCUUUCAGUUUUAACACUCUUUAAUUGUUUAAACUGUUGCAGUUGUAUUGUCUGGGGUCACAGAUGUUAAGCUGAAUCCAUAUUUUGUGCCAUGGAAGUUUGGUCCAUAUUUGCUGCUUUUAACCGGUAAGGGGUAUUCCGUGAUUUUAAUUUUUAAAAAUAAAAGAUAAUUCAGCGCCGCUAUGAACAGUCGACAUUAAAUAUACAGUAAAUAUAUCAGCUUUUUUAUCUAGUCGUAAGACAUACACUGUAUGAUACAGAAGUGUAAGCAAGCUAGUUGUUAGUUACGCAUUUUGCGUUUCGUUAUAGUUUCCACGAAUAGCGCGGUGAGAAUGAACUGAGGCCCCAAAAAGCAACAGACAGGACACGUUAAGUGGACUCAGACGUCGCUGAACCUCAGCAGAACUGGUAGCGGAGCUCGUACAGACCAGCGGUACCGACUUCACUCAUUCCAGCUCCAGUUGCAGUCGCAGGCCGCCAGGGGUCGUGGUGGCGGCGCUGCGGAGGAGGGGCCCGACGCCGGGAUUCGCAGCUUCCCAUUCCCAGGCGAGGAGAGCCAACAUGGCGGAGGAGGAGCAGCCAUAGCGGCGCGCGGACACGGCCGACACAGCGCGCUCCUCUCGUGCACGCUGAGCCUCCAUAACACCGCGGACACAUCGAGAGCCUGGGCGGGCCGGGCGCAGCCUGCGGCGCGGAGCGCGUGCUGGCCUAUCGGGCGUCCAGCUGGGUGAAAAAGUGCGCGUGGUUGCGCCCCUCGCUCUCUCUUCCCGUUCCCCGGAUCUCCCCAGCCACCGAGUACCCCCACCCAAGAAGAGAGUGGAGCCAUGGACCGGGGCCGCCACUGAGAGGAGAUAAUAGCCCCACGACCGCAUCGGAAAGGAAUUCCAGCGCGCGCGCCUCACCCAGCCGAACCCGCGGGUAGAAUAGGUGACUGAGGCACGGAUGAGUGACUGAUGUCAGUGUGGCUUCUCGAGGGCAGUAUGCUGCUGCUGCUAGGUAUUGCCCUGGUGGCCCUCAGUGCAGCCCAGGGACCUGCCCCCAUCUCAGAUGCUCCUGACAUGACCAACAAAACUUCUGGACCUCUCCCUGGCAACACUUUGACAAGAGCUGCUACCGUCACCGCAGCAGAACCCAUUAUUACUCCUACGGGGUUUAAUGUCCAAGGCCGGGCAAGUGUUCCAAAUGAGACCCUUGCCACUGUGACAGUUUCAAUCCCGGUGCCAGCCCCUGCACCAUCCACCUUUCCUGUUGUCCUGGCAUCAACGCCCCAGACCCCCGCCAAAGCUGAUGAUGCCAUAACAGGGACGGAGAAUGUGACUUCGGGCACCCCUUCCUUAACCCCCUCCUCUACUGCCUCCAAUGUAACUGAGAGUGCUCUUGAGCCUACCACGGUGUUCACCUCUGGAUAUACCACGGAACACAGCAGCAACCCUUCAGGUGAUGGUGAGGGGGCAGAUGACACAGCGAUCAUAGCCGCAAUGGUGGCCUUGUCCUCCUUGCUGGUUAUCGUCUUCAUCAUCAUUGUGCUCUACAUGCUGAGGUUUAAGAAGUACAAGCAAGCAGGAAACCAUUCCAACUCAUUCAGGCUGUCCAACGGUAGAGCAGAUGACACAGAGAUGCAGACCAUGCCGCUACUGGCCCGUUCCCCCAGCACCAACAGGAAGUACCCACCCCUUCCUGUUGAUAAGCUGGAAGAAGAGAUGAACCGUCGCAUGGCUGAUGACAACAAACUCUUCCGGGAAGAGUUCAAUGCUUUGCCGGUGUGUCCCAUCCAGGCGACGUGUGAUGCAGCAUCCAAGGAGGAGAACAAGGAGAAGAACCGAUACGUUAAUAUCCUGCCUUAUGAUCACUCGCGAGUACACCUGUCUCUGCUGGAGGGGGUCCCAGACUCUGACUUCAUCAAUGCCUCCUACAUCAAUGGAUACCAGGAGAAGAAUAAGUUCAUCGCAGCUCAGGGGCCCAAAGAGGAGACGGUGAAUGACUUCUGGAGGAUGAUUUGGGAGCAGAACACGGCCACCAUUGUCAUGGUGACCAACCUGAAGGAGAGAAAAGAAUGUAAAUGUGCCCAGUACUGGCCUGACCAGGGUUGCUGGACAUAUGGAAGCAUCAGAGUCUCUGUGGAAGAUGUCAUGGUGCUGGUUGAUUACACUAUUCGCAAGUUCUGCAUCCAGCAGGUGGGUGAUGUGUCAGGAAAGAAGCCCCAGCGUCUGGUCACCCAGUUCCACUUCACCAGCUGGCCAGAUUUUGGGGUCCCCUUCACCCCUAUUGGCAUGUUGAAAUUCUUAAAGAAGGUGAAGGCCUGCAAUCCCCAGUAUGCUGGACCUAUCGUGGUCCACUGCAGUGCGGGAGUUGGUCGAACGGGAACUUUCAUUGUGAUUGAUGCCAUGCUGGAUAUGAUGGCAGCUGAAAAGAAGGUUGACGUUUUUGGAUUCGUAACUCGUAUCCGAGCGCAGCGUUGUCAGAUGGUCCAAACGGACAUGCAGUAUGUGUUCAUUUUCCAAGCCUUGCUUGAACAUUACUUGUAUGGAGACACAGAGUUGGAGGUGACAUCUCUGGAGUCCCACCUGGCCAAGCUUUAUGCUCCUUGCCCAGGGUCCAGCUGUGGGGGCAUGGAGGCAGAGUUUAAGAAGCUCACCUCAGUUAAGAUCCAGAAUGACAAGAUGAGAACUGGGAAUCUUCCAGCCAACAUGAAAAAGAACCGGGUUCUGCAGAUCAUCCCAUAUGAGUUCAACCGAGUAAUCAUCCCGGUGAAGAGAGGAGACGAGAACACAGACUACGUCAAUGCUUCCUUCAUUGAUGGAUACAGACAGAAGGAUGCAUAUAUAGCCAGUCAGGGCCCUCUGCCGCACACCCUGGAAGAUUUCUGGAGAAUGAUCUGGGAGUGGAGGAGCUGCUCCAUUGUUAUGCUCACUGAACUGGAGGAAAGAGGACAGGAAAAGUGUACUCAGUACUGGCCCAGCGAAGGCACCCUGGUUUGUGGGGACAUGGCCAUCGAGCUGAAGCGGGAGGAAGAGAACGAAAGCUACACCGUCAGGGACCUGCUGGUCACCAACAACAGGGAGAACCGAUCUCGAGCAGUGCGGCAGUUCCAUUUCCACGGGUGGCCUGAGGUAGGAAUCCCGGCUGAUGGCAAGGGCAUGAUCAACAUCAUCGCUGCCGUGCAGAGGCAGCAGCAGCAGUCGGGCAACCACCCGAUCACAGUGCACUGCAGUGCUGGAGCAGGACGGACUGGGACCUUCUGUGCUCUGAGCACAGUCCUAGAGAGGGUGAAGGCAGAGGGCAUCCUGGAUGUCUUUCAGACAGUCAAGAGCCUGAGGCUGCAAAGACCGCACAUGGUUCAAACACUGGAGCAGUAUGAGUUCUGCUACAAAGUGGUCCAGGAGUACAUUGAUGCCUUCUCUGACUACGCCAACUUCAAGUAAGGAGCAGGACACACUGAUGGAUGAACACGCUGAUGGACUGCCCUGUUACGACGGAAGAGGAGGAGGAGCUCGUGUCUAGAACGCAGGGUGGAAGCGGGAGCCGCUGGUGUGGAGUGUGAAUUCAGCAAUGCCUUCGAACACUUCACUGGGUCCUCUAGCCCCUCCUCACCUCUCUUGCUGUACAUAAGCUGCUUUUGCUUUUGUUUAUAAUGCCUGUUUAUUCUGUAAGACUGCAGUUCUGCAGAUUCAGGCACCAAUUUUUUUUUUUUUGUUGUAUUUGAGAUAUGUAAUGUGUGUAUGUGUGUUGACUGUGAGGGAGAGUGCAUAAAUGUGCCAAAAUAAGACCAAAUGAAGCAUCUUGUUCCUUUAAGGGGUUUGUUUAUAUUCACUGAUUUCUUGAUCCACCCUGUCAAGUGGCCAGAAUAUCCUCCCAGGGCUCUGGGUGAGGACUUGGACUGACCAUUUAGAUGUACAGCAUAAUUGUGUUGCUGCAUUUAAGUGUAGUGGAUAAUGACCUGGAAUUGUAACCUCAAGGUUGUCAGUUCAAUAUUCACUCCCUGCAACUGCUUUUGUACCCUUGAGCAAGGUACUUACCCUGAAUUGUUACAGUACGUUUAUCCAGCUGCAUAAAAAGGUUAAAAACCUGUAAACUGGUUGAAUAAUUGUCAGCUAA